AUGAAGCUUCUUUUAGCUGCAAUUCUCACAUACUCCAUUGCCAUUCUAAGCUCACGGACCGUAUUGAGUUCAUCUGAUUUCAAUGUUCUUGAUUACGGUGCAAUUGGAAAUGGCAAAACGGAUGAUUCAAAAGCAUUUUUGAAAGCUUGGAAUGAUGUGUGUGGAGCAACACAAGAUAGUCCAACAUUACAUGUACCCGAUGGAAAAACUUACCUAUUGAGCCCUCUCAAAUUUCAGGGUCCUUGCAAGUCCAACCAAGUCAUUUUUGAUCUUGGAGGAACCCUAAUGGCUCCAACCAAGGAUGAAUGGCCAAAUGAUGGUAAAAGUAAAUGGGUCCAAUUUGUUGACGUAGAAGGAUUGAAUGUACAAGGAGGUGGAAGAUUUGAUGGUCAAGGCUCUUGUUGGUGGAAAGGAUGUGAUCAUAAACAAUGUAAACGACCAACGGCUUUGUUUUUCCACAAUUGCAACGGUCUUCAAAUGAAUGGAAUGAAGCAUGUCAACAGUGCCAAGAAUCAUAUCUCUAUAAAUUUAUGCAAUGAUGUUAUUUUCUCACACCUUCAUAUUAGUGCACCCGAGGAUAGUCCUAACACGGAUGGGAUUGAUAUUUCUCAAUCAACAAAUAUUUUUAUCCAAGAUUCUUUUAUAGGAACAGGUGAUGAUUGUGUUGCUAUUAAUAAUGGAUCUUCCAAUAUCAAUAUAAACACUAUCACUUGUGGCCCUGGUCAUGGCAUAAGCAUUGGAAGCUUAGGAAAAGAUGGUGAGUAUAACGUGGUUGAAAAUGUGCAUGUAAGCAAUUGCCUCCUACGCAACACUCAAAAUGGAAUUAGAAUCAAGACUUGGGAGGGUGGAUACGGAUAUGCAAAGAACAUUACAUUCGAAAAAAUAACAUUGAAGAAUUCAAAAAAUCCAAUCAUUAUUGAUCAAUAUUAUACCUCUUACGCAUACUCAAGAAAAAUCAAGGGAAUGGACAUAAAAGUAAGUGAUGUGACUUAUCGUGAAGUGAAUGGAACAUCAGCAAAUGAAGAAGCAAUUACAUUUAACUGCUCCCAAGCUCGUUGCUCAAAUAUUAUAUUGGACAAUGUGAACAUAAAAAUGACAAAUCCGGGAGAAGAAGCCAAAGCUGUUUGUCAAAAUGUUGAUGGAAAAGUUUUGUCUGCUGUUCCACCAGUGUCUUGCUUAUCAAAAUCUCAUUAA